AUGCGUCGCACAAAUACUGGAGCGGCACCUUUUGGGUCCGACCAACACGUUGCUGACGAUAAGGGACGAGUCCUCCACGCUGCCUCAGUUGAUCGCCGACUGCCCAUCCCCGGCUACAACCGCGGCCGCCUCGCCGACGCGGGUAUUCACGUCGAGGACCUCACCUGGGAUAAUUCCUGGAAACUCCUGGAAACGUGGAACUUGUCGCUCUUGGAUUUACACGACAAGGCGUCCUUGGACAUGCUAAGCCUCCUACGGGAAUUUUCAGUUCGCACUGUAGGGACCGGAGGGGAGACCAUUAAUUGCCGACCGAUGAGGAUGGCAUUCAGAGAGCCAACUGGAAGUGUUGGUUUCGGUGGUGUAGUAGUAGCAUAUCUGACUGGCAAUCAGAAAGUCCGGGUUCAAUUACAGGCCAUUCCUGGUGCAUGGAGAACUGCUUCUUGGGAUGGGUCCAGUCCCGUCCAAAAACUGGCGUGUCUCAACCCCAUCCUGAUCACCAAAGAGGUCAACCUGACGAAGCCUGUAUGUUUAGAUCCCGACAGUAGCAAGGUCAUGCUCGAGGAACUGGAGAAAACCAGAAAAUAUUUCAUUGAUCCUGAAUCCGAGAUAGGAAAGAAUUGCAGUUCUCCAAAGAGGUGUCACAGGUCCAUCUAUUACAUCUUCCCCGAUCCAAACUCGAACGGGGAACAAACGAGCUCGAAUCGAUUCCUAUGUAUCCUGAUAGGUGUCUACCUUCGUGGAACAGGAAAAGACGACCAUCCUAGAGCUCCUCUCCGACACUUGAGAGUCGUUGGAAUCUGUCUCGGCGUUUCCAUCGUCAACAUCUUCGACUUGGUCGACGGGGCUUGUUCCCGCAUCCGCUGCAAAUUGCUUUCUUGCAGAAAGAAGAUCAUCCAAGGCUCCAAUCACUAA